AUGGCCAUUGAUAUUUGUGCCGAUCAUCCUAGUGCUAUUUGGAAUCGAAAAAAGCACAUUGUGACUCUUCCAUAUGAAGAUGAUUUCUCUGAGGAAAAUAUUCCUACGAAAUCUCGUCCUUGCCAAAUGAAUUCCGAAUUAGUUGAAUUCUGCAAAAAGGAGAUCGAUAAUCUGUUACAAAAAGGUUUGAUAAAACCUUUCAAGUCACCUUGGUCUUGUACUGCCUUUUAUGUUAAUAAUGCAGCAGAGAAAGAACGUGGUGUCCCCAGAAUGAAACACCCUUGGAUGACUAAGGGUAGAGGCAGAGGCAGAGGCAGAGGAAGAUCAUCCUCAGUCUCAUCAAGAUCGUCCUAUGGAUCUUCUUCAUCAUUCAGCACUCCUAUUAUAUAG